CUGCCGUAGAACUAAGGAAGAAGCAAUCAGGUGUUAAAAGAAGAAGAAAAAAUAUCAAGCUCCAACACUGAGAGCCCAGUUAGCCGCCGAGCUACCUGAGAAGCUAACUCAGAGAAGAAGCAGCUAGUUUCUAUUUAAGACAAAAGCACAAAAAAAACUUCACAAGGUGAUUAUUGGACAUGUCUGGACGUUGUGCGGCUUCCAGCUCUUCUUCUGAGGAAUAGAAAUCCGGUCUCCAGCAGCAUCAUGUCUGAUCAGUUCCUAAUCCAACCGGAAAGAAAUACCAUUAAUGACCACAACUUACCAAACGAUGUCAAGAUGAAAGAGGAACCAGAUCCACAGCAGAUUACAGAGAUUAAGGAGGAACCAGAAUAUCAACCGAUCAAAGAAGAACAAGUUGAGCUCAACGUCUCUCAUGACAAGAAAUCUGUAAUGAAGCAGGAAGCUGACACCUUCAUGGUGGCUGCUGGUUGGGAUGAAAUAUGCCAGAGAACACCUGAACCGCAGAAAAUGACGGUGACAAAGGAGGAACCAGAACCAGAACAGAUUAAAGAGGAACUGCAGGAACCAGAACAGAUUAAAGAAGAACUGCAGGAACCAGAACCAGAACAGAUUAAAGAAGAACUGCAGGAACCGGAACCAGAACCAGAACAGAUUAAAGAGGAACUGCAGGAACCAGAACAGAUUAAAGAAGAACUGCAGGAACCAGAACCAGAACAGAUUAAAGAAGAACUGCAGGAACCAGAACCAGAACAGAUUAAAGAGGAACUGCAGGAACCAGAACCAGAACAGAUUAAAGAGGAACUGCAGGAACCAGAACAGAUUAAAGAGGAACUGCGGGAACCAGAACCAGAACAGAUUAAAGAAGAACUGCAGGAACCAGAACCAGAACAGAUUAAAGAGGAACUGCAGGAACCAGAACCAGAACAGAUUAAAGAGGAACUGCAGGAACCAGAACCAGAACAGAUUAAAGAGGAACUGCAGGAACCAGAACAGAUUAAAGAGGAACUGCGGGAACCAGAACUGAUUAAAGAAGAACUGCAGGAACCAGAACUGAUUAAAGAGGAACUGCAGGAACCAGAACAGAUUAAAGAGGAACUGCAGGAACUCUACAUUAAUCAGGAGGAAGAUCAGCUUGUAGUGAAGCAGGAUUCCUUCAGUGAAACUCCUUUGUAUGAGAACGAAGCUGAAGACCAACAUGAGGACAGAUGCAAUGAUGGCGACCAGGUAUUGGAUGGAAAUCGAGAGUUGGUGAUGAAUCAGAGCGACAGUGUUGACUGUUCUAAACUCAAAAAGUCCCAGAAAAAAACAUGUUCUUGUAAAAUUUGUGGGAAAUAUUUCAUCAGGAAAGGUUCCCUGAAUUUUCACAUGAGAAUCCACACCGAUGAGAAGCUGCAUAGCUGUGAAGUCUGCAGUAAAUCUUUCAUCCAUAGCAGCCAUUUGGUUCGUCACAUGAGGAUCCAUACAGGCGAGAGACCGUUCUCAUGCAAGAUCUGUGGAAAAAGUUACAUCGAUAGAAGUAGCUUAAACGCACACAUCAGAACUUACGUGGGAGAGACUUGUGGAUUGUACGAUAAAUCUUCCACCAAGAAUCAAGAUCUGGUUUGUCACAUUAGACACAACAAAGCCAGGAAGCCGUUCUCGUGUCCCAUCUGCGGAAAAAGCUACACAACCAGAAGUAGCCUAAAAACACACAGCCUAGUCCACGGAGGCCAGAAGCCGUUUUCGUGUGGACUGUGUGAUAAAUCUUUUACAAACAAAGGAGAUAUGGUUAUUCACAUCAGAGUCCAUACAGGUGAGCGGCCGUUCCCUUGUGCAUCGUGCAAUAAAUCUUUUAUAAGCAGUAGAGAUCUGGUUCGUCAUGUCAAACUCCACAAAGCUGAGAGACCAUUUCUGUGCACCACCUGUGGAAAAUCCUACACCGACAAUCGCAACCUUAAAUCACACAGCAGAGUUCACCUGCAGGAGAAGCCAUAUCCCUGUGACCUGUGUGCCAAAUCAUUCGUAAACAGGACCGACUUAGUCCGUCACCGGAGGACUCACACAGGCGAAAAACCAUUUUCGUGUGAAUUGUGUGGGAAAUUAUUUACUAACAAAUACACUAUGUUAAAACAUGCAACAGCUCACACAGACAAGACGCCUGAGGCGCUGUUUCCUUGUAGUCUUUGUGAUGCGUCUUUUACUGACAGCAUUCAGCUGGACGAUCACCUGAGGAGCCACACAGGUGAGCAGGUCUUUUCAUGCGUCACCUGUGGGAAGAAGUUCUCCAAACCAUACAGUCUGACGAUGCACAUCCGGACUCAUACAGGCGAAAAGUCAUAUUCCUGUCAACUAUGCUGUAAAUUAUUCACUGCCAGAUAUAAACUGACUGCACAUGUAUGUGAAAAUAAAACUUAGAAAGAUGAUAAA